AUGCCUUUACAUCAACUUUCUUUCAAAGAAAGACUACUAUUAUUUUACAAUGUUGCCACGACGACACUAUGGUUUUGUUGUUUCGUUCGGUUCUUGAUUCUACUACCACUAGUAGGGAGACGAUUUCUCCCAGGAGGCAUUGCCGAUUUCUUCCACGUUGUUGCUGUGACUCCCCUUAUUGGAACAUUGUUGCUUUUAACCUUGGACAGUACCAAAUGGAAAACUCAACUAUGGUCCUUACUGAAUGGCAUCAAAAUGACAUGGAUCUGUUAUGGAGUUAUAUUCCCUCACCCAAAGAUUGCCAAGCAUACAUCAUAUUCCUUGCUCAUUACAGCUUGGUGUUUACAGUAUAUGAUUCAUUACAGCUAUCAUGCAUUCAGAGUUAAGACAAGGACAUCGCCGUAUUUCUUAUUUUGGUUGCAAUAUAAUAACUUUUAUGUUACUUACCCAUUAUCUGUGAUAGUUGAAAUGAUUCAAGUGUUUUUAAGCUUAUCAUUUGUUGCUGACGACUCUUUCCAUGAAUUAGUAUUGAAGGCAAUGUUUGUGGUAUACAUUCCUGUAGCAUAUUUUACUUGGGGACAUCUCAAGACGAGAAGAAAUAUCAAAUACGUACUGGUACUUCAAAAGAGACAAGUGAGAUCCGCCAACAUUGAAAUGUCAACCAAUGUAUUGACUUCUUCUGCAUCACGAAGGGAGCUCAGUUCGUAA